AUGUUCGCCCACUGCAAAGGCCCGUUCUGGGGCCAGGACGAUUUCUCGCCCUGCUUCGAGAAAGACUAUCUUCAGACAUUGUUUCCCCUCGUGCUCUGUGCGGUGUCGCUCCUUUACCUCGCAUUCCAACUAUAUCAAGAAGCGAAAGCGUCCAAAUACUACCACGCCUACACCGUUCUAGAAGACCCCACCCAGCCGUGGUCAAUACAAAGCCCUCAUUAUGAUGGCGACGACACAGACUCCAGCGAGGACGAGCUCGAUCGCAACGAGCAGCUGGCUUUACACCCGACAGUCAGUCGCCAAACUGCGUCUACAAUGGCGGUGACCAAGCCGCGCGGCGAAAUUACAGUCGUUGUGCUGGAAGAAAUGGCUGUACUGGCAGCACUGGGGGUGCAUGUGGCAAUCUUUUUCACAGGAGCAUAUGGUCACAAGGGCAGGAUAGCCGCCAUCGCCGGUAUCGUCGUUUGGGCAUAUAUCGCGACUUUAGCCUCGCUGAGGCUGCUUUUUUCGAGCUCGAGCAGGCUAUCAUUUCCUAGGCUUUGGUAUCAUACCGCUUUCAUCUACGGGUUCCAAUGGAUCCUGGCCAUUCUCGUUUUCCGAUCCGCUAUCAUUCAUCCUCGCUCAUCUCUCCACCAGAGGCUAACCAUCGCUGAUUUUGUUCUCAACUCGGUACUUUUAAUAAUAGCUCUAUCUUCUCGGAAAGGAAAUAAAGCUGUCGAACUCGAAUACGAGGGUGAUAUCGAGCCCUCACGCGAACCUACCGCAAGUGCCUUCUCCCUCGCAACCUGGUCAUGGGUAGAUUCCAUCGUUUGGACGGGAUACAAGAAGACAUAUGAGCUGUCUGAUGUCUGGAAUCUGACACCAAAAGACAAAGCAGCUGCAGUCAUUGCGAACUACCGACAAGUCAAGAAGACGUCUUCCCUUGCAUUCCAUCUUCUGAAGCACUUCAAGCGCGGCUUGCUUAUUCAAGCUGGAUGGGCCGCCUUGUCUGGUGUCAUCGCCUUUGCUCCUACAUUGCUUUUAAAGGCUAUAUUGGAGUACGUUGAAGCGCCAGACUAUACUCCGAAGAACGCGGCAUGGUUCUAUGUGAUCCUUCUCUUUAUCUCGGGAUGCCUUUCCGCUCUCGCCGAUGGCCAUGCAUUGUGGAUCGGACGGAAGAUCUGCAUCCGUUUGCGCGCAAUCAUUAUCGGUGAAAUCUACGCCAAAGCACUAAAACGAAGGGCCGCCGCCGGCGCCGACAAAGUCCUGGGCGAGGAAAAGAAGAAGAAAACCGAGGACGAGCCACAGCCCGGACGGUUAAAGAGGAUGAUGACAUUCGGUCGAAAGAAGAAGAAGACAAGUCAGGCAGACCAAGCUCAGCAGGACAACGAACAGAGCACGGCCGACUCGCAAGUCACCACCGGCGCCAUUAUCAACCUCAUGGCAGUGGAUGCGUUCAAGGUCAGCGAGAUUUGCGCUUACCUACACUUCCUAUGGGCGAACACUCCCGUCAUGAUCAUCGGCGCUGUCACGCUUCUAUAUACAAUUCUAGGGUACAGCUCUAUUGCGGGUAUCGGAAUGAUGAUAUUCCUCCUUCCGGUAAAUCUUUAUGUUUCGAAGCAAUUCUCAAGCAUCCAGAAGUUGAUCCUAGCGGCUACUGAUGCCAGAAUCCAUACUACGAACGAGGUCCUAACGAACAUUCGCAUUAUCAAGUACUUUGCAUGGGAGCAACGCUUUAUCGGACAGGUCAACGAGAAGCGCUAUCUGGAACUCAAGCACCUGAGGAAGCGAUAUCUCCUGUGGGCAAUUGCCGCAACAGUCUGGUCCGGAACACCGAUUUUGAUCACAUUUCUUUCUUUCCUUGUCUACACGAAAGUCGAGAAGAAAGAUCUUGUGCCAUCUGUCGCUUUCACCGCAUUGUCCCUGUUCCAAAUCCUUCGGAUACCCCUGGAUCAACUCGCCGAUAUGGUUGCCCACGUCCAAGAGUCCAAGGUUUCGGUGGAUCGUAUUGAAGAGUAUCUCAACGAACCCGAGACCGAGAAAUACGCUCAGCUCGUCACGCACAAGAAGGACGCGAAAGGCUCGCCGCUCAUUGGGUUCGAACGUGGCACUUUCAGCUGGGGUGGCAAAGACCUGCAAGAUAAGACGGCAGCCAAUGCUUUCAAGCUCAUGGACCUGAACCUGCGUUUCAAGGUUGGCGAUUUGAACGUCAUCGUUGGCCCUACAGGUUCUGGAAAGACCUCAUUACUGAUGGCUUUACUUGGAGAAAUGACUAAACUGAAAGGUGACGUCUACCUGCCAGGAGGUCGCAGCCGCGAGGAUAUGAAGCUCGAUCCAGAGACCGGUCUCACUGAGAGUGUUGCGUACUGCGCGCAGCAGGCAUGGCUUGUCAAUGGAACGGUCAAGGACAACAUCAUCUUUGCAAGCCAUUUCGACGCGAAGCGUUACAAGGAUGUCAUUGUCGCAUGCUCCUUGCAGCGUGACCUGGACAUUUUGGAUGCCGGAGACGAAACCUUUGUCGGCGAGAAGGGUGUGACCCUGUCAGGAGGCCAGAAACAGCGUAUUUCGCUCGCUCGAGCCCUUUACAGUAAAGCAAGUCACGUCUUACUCGACGAUGUUCUCAGCGCCGUGGACUCUCACACGGCCAAGUGGAUUUUUGACAAAGCUUUAAUGGGCCCGCUCAUGUACAACCGCACUUGCAUCCUUGUUACUCACAAUGUUAGCUUGUGCUUGCCAGAGGCAGGUUUUGUCGCCGUACUCGAAAACGGCAGAAUCCAGGCUCAGGGCACAGCUACCGAGGUUAUCGAUUCCGGCAAGCUCAACGAAGACCUUUCAAAAUCGCGACCAGCGUCUCGUGGUACAUCCAGGGUAGCAUCGAAAGUCAACAUACCAGGUGAUGAAGCUGAGGAAGCUCAUCAUGCUAAUGGGUCCGCAAAUGGAAGUGCGAACGGCUUGGCAGAUCCGAAGAAGACUCCAGCUAGCAACACGCAGCUAGAAACCAAGGCUGAAGGCGGCGUAAAGUUGAGUAUCAUUCUGAUGUACCUUAGAGCUAUGGGUCCUUGGUAUUACUGGAUUGGCGCUGCGAUUUCUUUUGCAGCUCAGCAGGUGUCCUCCGUCUCGACAAACGUUUGGAUUCGAUCAUGGGCCAACGCGUAUUCCGAAAAGAACGUGCAGUUGAUGGGUAUGCAUCACAAGUCACCUAUCACGCAUGCCCCCACCUUUACUGGGGUCGGCACCUGUCUGAACAGCGGCACCUGCAGCUGGAAUAUCCCCUUCUUCAGUGGAAACCAAUCGGCGCAAAACCAGUACUCGUACAAUCUCAUGCAGACCAGCUCCAGCUUCGCGAAGCACGACACCGAGGUCGACUCAACGUACUACCUAGCCGUAUAUGCGGUCCUUGGCGUGAUCUUCAUGUUCAUUACUUUCGUGAGGGAGGGAUUCCUAUUUGCAGGCUCGCUGGCAGCUUCGAGACGUAUUCACGAAAGACUGAUUCAGAAGAUCGCGCAUGCAAAAUUUCGCUUUUUCGAUCAGACGCCGCUAGGCCAGCUGAUGAACCGAUUUUCCAAGGAUAUCGAGUCCGUGGAUCAGGAAGUGGCUCCCGUGGCGAUCGGUGUUGUACACUGUUUUGCAUCAAUCAUUACUAUCGUCAUCCUGAUCUCAAUCAUUACUCCGGGCUUCCUCAUCGCCGGUUUCUUCAUCAGCGUACUUUACGCUUUGAUUGGCAUGUUCUACCUGAACUCAUCACGAGACCUCAAAAGAUUGGAGUCCGUGCAUAGAAGCCCGCUGUAUCAGCAGUUCGGUGAGACACUUUCUGGUAUGACAACCAUUCGAGCCUAUGGCGACGAACGACGAUUCAUUCGUGAGAAUCUCACCAAGAUCAACACCCAACACCGACCUUUCAUCUACUUGUGGGCCGCCAAUAGGUGGCUCGCUUUCCGAGUUGAUGUUGUCGGUGCGCUGGUGUCUUUCUUUGCAGGAGUAUUCGUUGUCCGGAACGUCGGCCGGAUCGAUGCGGGCGCGGCCGGAUUAGCACUGACCUACGCUGUGACGUUCACAGAGAACGUUUUGUGGUUUGUGCGCCUUUACUCUGCGAACGAGCAAAACAUGAAUUCGGUGGAGCGUGUCAAGGAGUAUCUGGAUGUUGAUCAAGAAGCACCCGCUGUGAUACCAGAAAACAGCCCGCCUACAAAUUGGCCCAGCCGAGGUGCGGUCGAGUUCAUCAACUACAGCACAAGAUACCGACCAGACUUCGACUUAGUUCUUCGCAACGUUACGUUCAAGGUCAAGCCUGGCGAGAAGGUUGGUGUAGUCGGUCGAACCGGUGCUGGCAAGAGUUCUCUAGCUCUGGCACUCUUCCGAGCAUUGGAAGCAGAGGAGGGUAAGAUCAUCGUCGACGACAUCGAUGUUGGCUUGAUCGGAUUACAAGACUUGCGCAAGAACAUCGUCAUGGUCCCGCAAGAUCCCACGCUGUUUUCCGGCACUAUCCGAAGCAACCUUGAUCCCUUCGGUUCUUUUACAGACGAGGAGAUCUUCCAAGCCCUCCGCGAGGUACAUCUGAUCUCCACUUCGUCGGCCGCAACGUCUGGUGCCACAACACCCGAAGGUGCCAGUACACCCAAAGCCAUCGAAAUCCCUAACCCCACCACCGGUGCCGUUGUUUCAGAUGUCAACGCAAGCUACUCCGCCUCAACCGUGAAUCCAUCUUCCAUCCUCGCAAACCGCGACUGGGAGCACGGCGAGGCACCAGACGAUACGAUUAUCAUCAUGCCAUCAGGUGCGGCGACCAACAACCCCGCCGGCGCUGCGGCCCUAGCGCUGAAUGCAGACAACAAGAACCCCUUCCGAAACCUCAACUCGCCCGUCACUGAGUCGGGGUCUAACCUCUCACAAGGCCAGCGACAGCUCCUCUGCCUCGCGCGCGCGCUGCUCAAGGCGCCCAAGGUGCUGCUCAUGGACGAAGCAACGGCGUCUAUUGACUACGCAACCGACACCAAGAUCCAGGAGACGAUUCGCGAGAUCAAGAAUACGACUAUUACCAUUGCGCAUCGGUUGCAGACGAUUAUCGAUUACGAUAAAGUGCUUGUGCUGGAUAAGGGGAGCGUCAUCCAAUUCGGUGAUCCACAUGAUCUUAUCAAAGAAGAGGGAAGUUUCCGGAGUAUGUGCGAAACAUCGGGUGAGCUUGAGAGUCUUGAGAAGGAGGCGGAGAAGGCAUGGAAGAAGAGGAGCGAGGCGGAGAACGGGAAGUGA